UAAAGAUGUUGAUUGAUUAAAAUAAUCCCUAGAAGAUCAUAUGUGUUUCUAAAGUAUAAAAACAAUCCAUACAUAUAUAUGUAUGAAUAUACACACAUAAAUACACAGAUACAAGGAAGAUAUGUAUAUCUUAAAUAUACAUAUAUAAAUACACACACAUAUAUAUUUUCAGGGUAGUUGCAGCUAAUAAGUAACAUACAUUAUUUCAAACUUAAAGUUGGGUGCAAAGUCUUUUUUUUUAAAUUAUAAUUGAUCACUAUAUGAGAUGGAGAGAGAAAGAGAGAGAGAGAGAGAGAGAGAGAGAGAGAGAGAGACAGAGAGAGACAGAGAAGCAGAGAGAGACAGAGACAGAGAGAGAGAAGCAGAGAGAUUUUACAUAGUGAACAUGCUUGUGUUGUGCAGGUGUGAGUGUGCUCUGUAGCCAGAGGACUUACUUCACUGGUCCCACUCCAUCACUCUCUGACUUAUUUCAUGGACACAGGAACUCACACUGAAGCUGGGCUGAUGACCAACAAACGCUAGUGAUCCUUCUGUCUCAAACUCCAACAAUAGUGAGGUCAUGACUGACUCUUUAUGUGGCAUCUGAACUCUGGUCUCCACGGCUGUGGAGACAGCACUCCUAAACACCCAGUCCUCUCUCCAGCCCCAUCAUUGAAUUUCUUGUUGCAGUCAGGAAAUGUCUUUGAAUGACAUUGUUGAUGUCUUCAGUGCCUUCAAUCACAUUAAGUUGAUUGAAAAUAAAAAUCUCUCUUGAUCGGGGCAUUUUUUUUUAAGGAAGCAAAAGCAGAAUCACUUAGAGAAAAUAUAGAUGAAAAAUGGCACUUUCUAUCUAUGCAACUGGUGUAUCUCUGUAUAGAGUUUCAUUUUUUCAAAUUGAAAUUGAUGUGAUUUUUCAAAUAUUUUUAUAUUUUCUAGUUUGGUCAACUUAUUUGGUGAGACUAAAUGUAUUUCUCUUGGGAGAUGAAGAACUUGGGGGUAGACAUAUUCCAGAAUAAAACAUAUUCCCCAGCUUUCCAAGUAGUAGAAUUAUAGGGGUGUAGAACGUCUGCAGUUUUAAAGACGACAGAGUAAGCAUCAUGAAAAGGUAGAUGCCAGAAGCCAUCCAUGCCAUGACAGGAAAGACAGUGAUAGGGAAGGGCUCUUCAGUGGCAAGGGUGAAUGUCUUCCAGACAUGACUCUCAUUAGGGGCUUAUCUUCUUUUAAAGUAGAGGGUGGAGAGGGGGCCAAUAUGACAGGAUUCCAUAGCUGCUCCUUUGCCAAGCCCUCUCCAGAAUCUUUAGCCAUUUCAACUCUUUCGGAGGCAGCUGAUUUAACCUAAGAAACAUCAAGGCAAUUUAUGAUGGCUCGGUACUUUGAAGACGUGGGUAAUGAGCAAACCUGUUCCACAGAAUGAGCUGCAAAGCCAGAAGUCAAGACUAGCCCUGCCUGCCAUCCUACACCAUCAUCUUUCCAUUCCAUCGCACGCCUCCCGCAGGAAUGAGGCCAAGAUGGGCACUUCCGUGGGAUGCUGGAAUCAGUCGGUGGUGCAGCACCCAGGUGAGCCUAGAGGAAAAGGAGACAGGGCCAGAGAGAGCACCACAGAUUCUUCUUGGAAGAGAUUGCUUGAACUUUCAAAGGCUUUGUGGAGACGAUCUGGUAUUUCUGGUUGUUGACAUUUUAUAUUUGUGGAAUUCAUAAGCUGUUAACCUCCAUUUUAUGAGUUAAUACUCCUUCAUGAGAUAUUUGAAGGUUUGUUUUUCUUUCCCAGAAGUUUUUGAGAAGUUUCUCAUACCCUGGUUCAGGCUGACAUGGAACUUACUGUGUGACCCACACUGGGCUUGAACCUACAGCCAUCCUUCUGCCUCAGCUUUCCAACUAUCAGAAUUAUAGGGGUGAUCUGCCAUGCUUGACUAAAUGUUUGUAUUUUAAAUUUCCGAAUGAAAAGAUUAUCUCUGGGUGUAUUACUAAUUAGAGAUAAACAUUCAACUCAUUUGAGUCAGCCAGCACCACACUGUGUUGGGGAGAUGACCUCCAUUGCAGGGCCUGGACACGCUGCUUGUGGGCCAGCCUUGCUGUGUGAAUGCCAUUCCUCCGCCUCCACAGUAUGAGUCCUUUUCUCUGCACCUCCCCGGGAGAUCCAGUUGAGCAGAGAUUUUGAGAACAAUCACUCUGGACUUGAAUUUUGUUUUUAAUCAAAUUCAAACUCUGAGUUUGUUUUGCUACUUUUAAAAAUCAGGAUGCCAAGAAUACUUACUAGCUAAGGUCAUUUCAAGGAUAAAUGAAAAUACCACCAAGGGCUUGAUCAUAUAUGGCAAGUGUGCAGUGAAUGGAAGCUUUAACAGCUGUUACUUGUUGGCAGCAAUUUGAAAGCUAAGAUUCUGUAGAGAGGGGGCACAUUUCAACACCCUCAGGAUCCACCGACUCGUUUUCUCUUCUCUGUCUUUGCUAUCAUACCUCUCUCGAGAUUCCGUCAGUGCAUCACCUGAUCCUAAUGGCACAGACCUGCGUACCUGAGGAAGAGUGGCUUCCGCUUGGGGGAGGCCUCCUGAUGAGAGGGUAGUGAGGAAAGCCUGCUGCGUUGGUGAGGCUGAGAAACAACCCGUAAAGGAGACAGCUCAUUCCACAAUGGCAUCUGUGCCUCCAAAUUCGGGCGAAGAGAACUCCUAGCUCAGCAGACAGGUUUGUUAUUUUUAAGUGGGGGCAUCUUCCCCAGCUCCUGAAGCACUAAUCUGAUGUUUAUAUGCAAAUGAAUAAGAACAAUAACAAGGAAAGAUGCUGUGGGUGGUGCCAACACCCCAGGGAAGGGCUAUAAAAUCCCCUUGAAAUAAGAUGCUUUUUCAGACUCAGACUGAGCUUGUAGCUUCCCAGCCAGGCUAGCAGGGACACCAUGAGAGACAGCCAUUGUCCUGGAAAUCCCAAGGCUGUCCCACCUGUGCCCACCAUCUCCACAUGCUCCAAUGGUGGCAGCAUUAGAAAUGCUAUCCGUUUGCCCAGUUCCUGCCAGAGUAGGACAUGGCAACUGGUUAUACAUCAAGAAAACUGCAAACCAUCCAACAGUGCCCCAGUUACCUCUGAACAGGUUUCUUGUCCAUCAACCUGUUUUCCAGACACUUCCUGUGUGGGUUUUGUUUGCCAACCCAUAGGUUCACACGCAGCCUGCUGUGCACCUGACACCGGUGGGCCUCCUCAUCCAGCUGCCUCAUGCCAGCCCUCCUGUGUGAAAUCUGCAGUUUGUCACACGACGUGCUGUGAUAAUAGCCCCUGCCACCAGACCUCCAGCCAGGAACCCGUCUGCACAUCAGAGUCAUGCCAGGCAUCAUGUGGCCCAUCCACCUACGACGAUGAUGAUGGAUCCUGCCAGCCAUCCUGCUCUGAAGCAACUUCCUGUGGCGAGAUCCUGUGCCUACCAGUCAGCUGUGAGGCUGGUCCAUGCCAACCAACCUGCUGCCAAGGAGGGUCACAUCAACCCAUCAAAGAUAAAGGUCAGCUCUGCGAGUCAGUUUAUUACCAACCUGUCUGCUAUAUUCUCAAGCCCUGCCAGUCAGCUCCCUGCAUGCCUGUCUCCUGCCAGCCAUUAACUUGUGUGUUCAGUUCUUGCACUCAAACUUGUGUGCCCGCCUCUUGCCAGCCACUUCACUGUCAACCAGCACCUCCAGGCUCCUGCAUCUGUCAGCCGGUGGUUACCUGCCAGUCUCCCUGUUGUGGAAAGAGUAGCGGCAAAUCAACUUCAUGUGUUAUGGUUUCUGGCAGACUGACUGGCAGUGGACGCACUUCCAGUCAGAGCGGCUGCCAAUCUGGACCCGCUUCCAAUCAGAGCAGCUGCCAAUCUCCUUCCUGCCCACCCCCUUGCUGUGUGACUGGUUUAGGCAAACCUUCCAGCAAUGGCCCCGGUUGCUGUCCACCAACUUCUUCUAAUGUGUGCCAAGCAGGCACCUGCGCGUCUGCUUCCUGACAACCUAGCUGUGAGUCCAGCCUCCCUGAGGCCCAUCUUCACGAUGGAAUACUUCAUAGCUCUUCUGAGGAUGUGCUACAGUCCACAAGCGUGGAGCCAUCCUGUGGGUGUCUGCCUCCAGCCCUGCACAGACGCUACCCUCUCUGGCUUUCCUGGAGUUCGGACUCAGGUUCUCUCCAAGUGCUGGGGAGAGAAUGCAUCAGCUCUGAGAUCAUACCCCAGGAUGAUGUGUCAGCAGGCAUGAUCUUCUCUACAGCACGCAUUUCCCGAUGUCAGUUCAUUUCACGUCAGCAAAGCCUUCUCUCCAAUUCUUCUUUCUUUUGGUUUUGCCUGGUCUUUCUGGAGAUGCUUUUGCUACCAACUGCUAAUAAAAA